GAAAUAAUUUCUCAUGAUUUUGGCACGUGGUUCCAAGAUUUUUUAUUAUGACAUUAUGUUUUGAUUAAAUUCUGUUUUAAAAGUGAAAAAAUGUCUGCUCGUAAAUUGAAAAAAGUUUCUUUUGGCAAAAAAGAAAUACCUUAUUUUUGUGUUGAAGAUGGUGGUUAUCUUGAACCAGACGAUACAAAUGAACAAACUUAUCAAAUUACACAGAAAGAAAUUGUCAAAUCUGUGGAUAUAACAUCUGCUGCUAAACAUUUUGAUCUGCAUUUGCCACAUUUAGGCCCAUAUAAAUUGGAUUAUUUUCGAAAUGGCCGUCAACUAUUGAUUGGUGGCCGAAAUGGUCAUGUAGCCGCAUUCGAUUGGAUUUCCAAAAAUCUUUGCUGUGAAUUUAAUGUUCGUGAAUCAGUUCACGCCAUCAAAUGGUUACAUAUGCCUACCAUGUUUGCAGUAGCUCAAGCUGAUUGGACCCAUGUUUACGAUGAAAAAGGAAUCGAAAUCCAUUGCCUUAAACGGUUAUAUCGUGUAUAUGAGCUAGAUUUCUUGCCUUAUCAUUUCCUCUUGGUAGCUGCGUCUGACAACGGAUUUCUAUCCUGGCUCGAUAUAUCCACCGGUAAUUUGGUGGCAAAUUUUCGAAUGAAAGUUCCACGCCUUACUUGUCUUACUCAUAAUCCAAAUAAUGCAAUUACAUUCACCGGACAUCCAAACGGAACAGUUCGAUUAUGGUCACCAAAUAAUAAUGAACCAUUGGUGCGGCUACUUUGUCACCCUUCGGCAGUACUAGAUGUCGCUGUUGAUAAUCGAGGCCUAUUUAUGGUUACUACCGGAUCAGAUCGAUCAGUUCGCAUAUGGGACAUUCGUAAUUAUCAAUGUAUGAACACAUUUCGAGUUCCAUCAACACCAUCGCGAAUAACCUUGAGUCAGAAAAAUUUACUUGCGAUUGGAUCCGGGAAUGAAGUUAGUAUUUUCAAUAGAUAUUCAGAUAAAAUUGAUAAGCCAUAUAUGCGACAUCGAAUGGAAUUAAGAACUUCGGUCAUUUCCUCAUUACAAUUUUGUCCUUUUGAAGAUGUACUUGGUAUUGGCCAUCAGGAUGGUUUUACAUCAAUAUUGGUUCCAGGUUCUGGUGAAGCGAAUUUCGAUGCUCUCGAAGCAAAUCCAUACAUGACCAAAUCUCAACGUCGUGAAAUGGAAGUGAAAUCCUUGUUGGAAAAAAUCAAUUAUGAAUUAAUAACAUUGGACGCAGAUUUUCUUGCAAAACGUUGUGAUAAUGCACCAAUACAACGAUCGAAGGUAAAGACGAAAAGGAAAAAAUCCAACAAAUAUCGAUCAAUAACUAAAACGGCCGACGUCUUAGAGGAAGAAAAUCCAAUAGUAGCUGAAUCCGAUGCUAUUCAUCAAACAGAAAAACAACAAAUACGACGAAAACGUGGUAAAAAAAAUCUGGCCACAAAAUUACGAUCAAAAGCGGCACGUAAAGAAAAACGACGACGUAGCCGUGUACAGGAAAAACUAUUGAACCAAAAAAAGUCAUAAACAAAACUAAACGAAAAAACAUUG